UACACCUCAGAUGGUCUGAAAGAUACUCUAGUUGUACAGCCGAACCAUGAAGUUAAAACUAUGUAAACAAUGGUAACGGAAGCAGUCAUAUUUCAUACGCAUAUUGGUUUCAGAAUGUCAGAUUCGUAGACGAAAUGAUGCUCUAAUCUUACUUUCAUCUUCUACCCGUUGAAGAGUGUGUAAAGCAAUGCAACCCGUGCACAGAUAAGAGCGGCAAAGCAGCUGAUGCUAUCUACACACCACCGGAAAACGAGCUUAAUUUCCACUUCCUGCCGGGAUCCGGAGCAGAGGUGAAGUCACGUGCUCGUGACGUCAGCCGCCAGAUGUAGGGGAAAGAGUCGCGCCGAAUGCCAGCAGUGCGAGUGGAGGCUCAGUAGAGUGCAGACGUCUAGCUGCCGGCUCUUAGCUUCAUACAUUGGACUGUGCUUUAUUGUGAUGCAUCCCGAUCCUUAAUCACUCCUCCUCCUUUUAUUUGUGGUUUAGACAUCAUGCGGGACAGCUGUGCCAUCACCGUCCUGCUUUUUUUAAGCUGGAAUUGGUCUGCGGGGAACGAAGAAGGCGGUGGUUUCCUGCUAGAUCCGCUACCCACUGAAGAUCCGGAGCCUUCUAACGUUCCUAUAUUCAUCGAGGAACCCCAAGAUGCUUACGUUGUUCGUAACAAACCCGCAACACUAUCUUGCAAAGCACGUCACGCUCUGCAGGUUUAUUUCGAGUGCAAUGGGCAGUUAGUGGACAAUAGGCAGCACAGCCAGCAGGACUUUGUCAACCCUAUGACGGGUGUAAGACACGUGGAAGUUUCUGUCGACAUCACAAGAUCCGACGUGGAGAAGUAUGACGGGACUGAUAACUAUAACUGCAUCUGUUACGCCUGGUCAUCAACAGGAAGAAUUAAGAGCCGUAGAGCCAUCAUCAACGUAGCUUACUUGAAGAAGCAUUUCCUGAAUCAACCUCUGAGUGUCAACAUCCAGCUCGAGAGGCAGGUGUCGUUGCAGUGUCUACCACCGGAAGGACUACCAACGCCUGACGUCUUCUGGGUACAUAAUGGCGAUAUUAUAGAAGUGGAUAAAGAUCCCAACUUCAUCAUCUCCAACGAAGGAAAUUUGUUAAUAGGUCAAGCCAGAUUGUCUGAUGUGGGAAAUUAUACGUGCGGAGCCAGGAAUAUAGCUGGACAGAGGUUCAGCGAGACUGCCGCACUUCUAGUCUACGUGAAUGGAGGAUGGUCAACGUGGAGCCGUUGGACCGACUGCAGCGCUCAAUGUGGACGAGCGACUCAAACACGCACCAGGAUGUGCACCAACCCGGCUCCGCUCAAUGGAGGCGAACUAUGCACGGGAGAAAGCGUGCAGACAGCAGACUGCACCACCAUAUGUCCUGCGGUAGACGGUCGUUGGACGUCUUGGUCUUCGUGGUCUACUUGCAGCCCGGACUGUAGACAUCACAGGAGAAGAUCUUGUACCAAUCCUCCACCUUCUAACGGUGGGAGGUACUGUCCAGGAAAAGAUCUGGCUACAGCUAACUGCACAGGAGGGAUGUGCAGAGUGGGAAAAGAUAAGGACCAAGUUCUACAGUAUGGUACAGAUAGAGAAGAAGAAGCAACUCCGGCAGAAGCCGAGACGGAUAUCGCUUUAUAUGUGGGGCUUUGUGUUGCUGUGGCUGUGUUCAUCCUGGUUGUGGUCGGGAUGGUGCUGGUCGUUCGACGCAUCAAAGGACGUGAUCCAUCCAUGUACAGUGCUGGCGUUGCUGAUGUCAUCCCGGUCCAGCCAGAUUUAACUCAGAACGUACUCAACUUCCCCAGUCACCUGCAUAGGGAGAGGUGUUCCGCUCGAUCUGACUUCUCCCAGGCAGAAAAAGCUAUUAACGGUUUGGGAUGCAAUGCAGCCACUCCUCUCCUUUCUACCGGUCAUGGCUACUCUCCAAACAUCCCUCCGAGUCCUGCCCAAAGCAGAAUUCCUCUUCUAGAUCCCCAAAGGUCACAGACACCAAGUUCAACGGGAAAGCCACCCAGAUCAGAUUCUUGUGUUUCUGUACCUACAUCUACAUGCUCGGGAUCACGUCCCGGAUCGGCCUACGAUUCGGAAGCGCCAUCUGGCAGGCAUUCGGUCACUUCCGCCGCUCUACCGCCCAACCUGGACAUCGAGUGCGUGGCAUGGAACACCGUCACCAAAGCAGGAGCCAGGAUAUCUGUACCCGGAUCUGGUAUAACUCUAACUAUCCCACCGGGAUCAGUUAAGAAAGGAUCGAGUAAUGAAAUUUACGUGGCGGUACUCAGAGAUGAUCGCGAUAGACCAAAAUUAAAUGAUAAGCAAACUAUAUUAAGUCCCGUGGUGCAAUGUGGACCGCCGGGUCUUCAGUUCAAAAAGGCUGUGGUGUUAAGCUUCCAACACUGCGCCACUUUGGCACCUAACAACUGGAGUAUCAGCGUUUAUGGCAGCGAUGGCGCUAACGAUGAAGAUAAUCCCGACUGGAAGAAUCUGGUAACGUUGGGACGAGAAACUAUCAACACACCACUUUACUGUCAAAUGGAUCUGCAGCAUUGCCAUCUCUUAAUGGAACAGCUUGGGAGAUUCGCACUGGUGGGUGAGUCUACAGGAGAAAGUAAAGCUAUAAAGUCACUAAAUCUAGCAGCUUUUGCACCACCUCUUCAUUCGUCCGUUGAUUAUUGCAUACGACUCUAUUGUGUGGAAGACACGCAGGCAGCUUUACAGGGAGUAAUACAAAUCGAACAGAAAUUAGGAGGGAAAUUGUUGGACAGACCAAAAUCGAUGCCUUUUCAAGAUGGAGGAGCCAAUUUAUGUUUAUGUUUAGAGGAUAUUGGUCCCGGGUGGCGAUGCAAACCGGGUGCUAACUAUCAGGAAAUUCCGUUCCAACACGUGUGGUGUGGACGUCAAAAUAAUCUGCACUGCUCUUUCACCCUGGAGCACAUCGAUCGAUCGCUGCAAGUCAUCCGAUGUCACAUCUUAGUCUAUCAGAGGGGAGUGCAAGCACACCGACAGCUUCUGAGGAUUAAUACCGAUCUAAGAGAUAAAAAUCCACCCAGUCCAUCUUGGUUGUCACAACCUCUGAAUACAACUGUUACCAGCGGAGACAAUGGUAAUUCUAUAGUAACAUUGGACCAACCUGUUGCCGGUUUCAGAUUAACAUUAGAAGCAAGAAAACUACUGUGCAAUCUUCUAGACCCUCCAAACACAUCAGGGAAUGAUUGGAGAAGAUUGGCAAGAGAAUUAAAAGUAGACAGGUACAUCAAUUUUUUUGCAACUAAGCCAAGUCCUACAGAGCACAUCUUGGAUUUAUGGGAAGUGCGGCAUAGGGACCCGAGUGCCCUAACGGACUUUCUAAACUUGUUGAGAUUAAUGGGGCGUUCUGAUGCUGCCUUGGUAGUAGAAAAAGAAAUAGGACCCUGGCUGUGACGUCGACUAUUAAAAAAUGAAUUAAACUAUGCAAAAAACAUAAUUGAUGGAAAAGGAAGUUCGCUCGAACGAACGCCAUGUGCCAAAUAAAUGGCAGCACUGUCUCGCCAGAAAGGUGCCAAGUUUGAAUAGCAGUCGCGAUCUAUGCAGGCCUCAUCUACCCAAAAAAUAAGAAAAAAAUAUAUAAAAAAAAAACAAAAUAUAAAUAUAUAUAUAUUUGGGUAUUUUUUUAUAUGGAAGAACCGAAUUUCUUUUUUCUUUGCCCGUUGGGAGUGAUAUUGUUCGACAAGGAAAAAAAGUAAAAGAAAAAAAAUACUGUUUUUGCAUUUAUGAAAACUGUUAGAGAAGAAAUAGUUUAGAAGGAAUUUGUUACGAUGGUAGAGACAUGCUGUUAUGGAAACAAUUCUUGUACAUGUCCUGACAAACGAUAUAUAUAAAAAAAAGGAGCCUGAGCUGCUGGGCAUUAUUGUCUUCCUGUUGCGAGACCAUCAGGGCCCUUGGGUCCACUGAAAAUGUGCCACAAAAAAGUUGUUUGCUUUCAUUUUUUUAUUUGUUCGGUUUUUGUAUAUUGUUGUAUAGUGGUUUUUCUUUAAAUUAAUAUAAAUACAGUGA